AUGGGAGGCGAAGUGGCCACCACGUCGAUAGCUGUGGCCAUCUCGGCCGCCGCCGCUGCGGCGUUUAUCGUGCAGCGCCAGCAGAAAAAGAGCAAGAAGCCUAGUAAAAAGGUUAUGCCCUUCCCCAUGACGCGCACGCCGCUUGAGCGUGUGCCGUUGGACCAGCUGCCCAAGCUCAAGAACGACCUGCUUAUCCGCGCGCUACGUGGCGACCGCACGGAACGCGUGCCCGUGUGGUGCAUGCGUCAAGCUGGACGCCACUUGCCCGAGUUCCGCGAGCUACGUGACAUGGGCUAUGAUUUCUUCACGAUGUGCGGCGUGCCCGAGCUCGCGGUGGAAGUGAGUCUGCAGCCUCUGCGUCGCUACCACAUGGACGCAGUCAUCAUCUUCUCGGACAUUCUGGUGAUCCCGCAAGCCAUGGGCAUGGAGGUCACUAUGGUGCCCAAGGUCGGACCAGUGCUACCGGACCCGAUUCGCAAGCCCGAGGACAUCGACAAGCUCGACCUGAACCCCAACAUCGAGGAGAAAUUGGGCUACAUGCUGGACGCUCUCAACUUGGCUCGUCAAAAGAUCAACGGCGAGGUGCCACUCAUUGGCUUUGUAGGAGCUCCGUUGACUCUCAUGUGCUACAUGGUUGAGGGCAGUGGAAGCCGCACGAAGGCUUUGCUCAAGACGUUCCUGUACCAGCACCCAGAGGCAUCUCACAAGCUGCUCCAGGGCAUCACAGACGUGUGCGUCAACUUCAUGUUGGCGCAGCAACGCGCUGGUGCUCAGGCUCUCCAGGUCUUUGAGACUGUGGGCGCUGAGGUGCUGACUCAGGACCAUUUCUACGAAUUUGUGUUCCCUUAUUUGGUCCAAAUUGCGGACCGUGUCAAGGCCGAGAUCCCCGAUACUCCCAUUGUGUGCUUCUGCAAGGGCACCCAGUACGCGUAUGAGAAGCUUGUGGCUACUAAGUACGACUGUAUUGGUCUGGACUGGCAGUCUGACCCGGUUGAAGUGCGUCAGAUUGCUCGUGGCCGCGUCUCGCUGCAGGGCAACAUGGACUCGAGCGUCAUCUACGCGUCUACGGACAUCAUCUACGACGAAGUCAAGAAGAUGCUCAAGCGUUUCGGUACGCAGAAGUACGUGGCCAAUCUGGGUCAUGGCUGCUUCCCAGACAUGGAACCGGCGCACGUGGACGCCUUCAUCAAGGCCGUGCAGCAGAUCUCGCUGGAGAUGAACUCGCGUUAGACCCAAGUUGCUAUUCUUCAGCUGUCACCUGUGUUGCAAU